GGGAACAGGCGAAAGAGAGACCUGCUCACACGCUGACACACAUACACACACACGCACACACACACACAGGCACACUCUCAGUCUCAUACACUCUCGCUCUCUUACUCGCGCUUGGGGGGGGGGGACGGGAAGGGAAGAAUGAGGAAGAAGUCCGAUCUGCUGCGAGCCUUGUCCCAACAAAUGCGGGCAUGCUAAUGAAGCACCGCUCCGGUCAUCCGAUCAUACAGGUCAGCCGGGUCGAACUACAUGGAAACGAGGAGUAGGCAACAAACGAAGAUAACAGCAACAAAUAACCAGGCGCUGCAUGGGAAUCCAGACUCUUCCCUCCUUUCGUGCGUCUCGAUCGGUGGAUACGCCGUCUUGGCUGGCAUAUAAGAGCUCCCUGCGUCUCCAUUACCAUUCCCCACCACUGGCUUACCUCUACUACUACUACUACUCCUCCUCUUACUCCUUGUUCUACUAAUAUUAUUAGUAGAGCUACAGUGCAGCUUUUACUACGGACUUCUCCGGAUCGUGGCCACUCAAGGGAAUAAAAGGUUCAACAUCCUCAUUAACACCUCAGAGUACUGGUCUUGACACCAACAUGGCCCGUCGGGAUCACUCCUCCCGCCUGUCCCCGACCAUGAGGUUAACAGUUGUUACGGUGAUCCUCUUCCUUAAUCUCCAUCCCUCGUUGGCCGGGGCACCCCCUGAAGCAAGCCUGGGUGGCUCUGUUUCAGCUGUGUCCACCAAUAAAACUGAAUGCAGUAAACCUGAGCAGUGUUCACAUGGGGUGAUUCUGCCUAUUUGGGAGCCCCAAAACCCAUCAUUUGGAGACAAGGUCGCUCGUGCAACUGUUUACUUUGUGGCUUUGGUCUACAUGUUCCUGGGUGUGUCCAUCAUCGCAGACCGCUUUAUGGCAUCAAUAGAGGUUAUAACAUCACAGGAAAAGGAGAUCACCAUUAAGAAACCCAAUGGAGAAACCACCACCACUACUGUCCGGAUCUGGAAUGAAACGGUCUCCAACCUUACCCUCAUGGCUUUGGGCUCUUCAGCACCUGAAAUCCUCCUGUCCAUUAUAGAAAUUAUUGGUCAUGGGUUUGAGGCUGGCACACUGGGACCCUCCACUAUUGUGGGUUCUGCAGCGUUCAACAUGUUUGUCAUCAUCGGUAUUUGUGUGUAUGUCGUUCCUGAUGGCGAGACGAGGAAGGUCAAGCACCUCCGUGUGUUCUUUGUCACGGCCACCUGGAGUAUUUUUGCCUACAUUUGGCUCUACCUGAUUCUGUCAGUGAUCUCACCUGGCGUUGUGCAGGUGUGGGAGGGGCUGCUCACUUUCCUCUUCUUCCCCAUUUGUGUGGUGUUCGCCUGGAUAGCCGAUCGCCGCCUGCUGUUUUACAAGUAUGUGUACAAGCGCUACCGCACUGGCAAGCAGCGUGGCAUGAUCAUUGAGACCGAGGGUGAUCGUCCACUUCCUUCCAAGGUGGACAUUGAGAUGGAUGGAAAGAUGCUGAACUCUCAUGGUGUUGACUUCCUUGAUGGUCCACUGGGCUUAGAUAUAGAUGAGAAGGACUUGGAUGAGGAGGAAACACGGAGAGAUAUGGCCAAGAUCCUGAAGGAGCUUAAACAGAAACAUCCUGACAAAGAGGUGGAGCAACUCAUUGAGCUUGCCAACUACCAAGUCCUGAGCCAGCAGCAGAAGAGCCGUGCUUUCUAUCGAUGCCAGGCCACCCGACUGAUGACAGGUGCUGGCAACAUCCUGAAAAAACAUGCUGCUGAUCAAGCACGAAAGGCUGUGAGCAUGCACGAGGUUCGCUCAGAAACUGGCGAAAACGAUCCUGUCUCCAAAAUCUUUUUUGAGCCCGGUUCUUACCAGUGUCUUGAGAACUGUGGCACAGUGGCAGUGAAUGUGGUGCGGCGUGGCGGCGACCUGGGCAAGACGGUUUCUGUGGAGUACCGGACAGAAGAUGGCACAGCCAACGCUGGCUCGGACUACGAGUUCACCGAGGGUGUAGUGGUUUUCAAGCCUGGUGAGACGAUGAAGGAGGUCCGUGUGGGGAUCAUUGAUGAUGACAUCUUUGAGGAGGAUGAAAACUUCUUGAUUCACCUUUCCAGUGUCAAAGUGUUGACAUCAGAAGGCGAGGAACCUGAGGAGGGGGGCGAGUCAGCUAAUCACGUUGACUCAGUGGCCUGUCUCGGCAUGCCAUCCACAGCAACCGUUACCAUCUUUGACGACGAUCAUGCCGGCAUCUUUACGUUUGAGGAGCCCGUAUGCCAUGUCAGCGAGAGCGUUGGCACCAUGGAGGUGAAGGUGCUGAGAACCUCAGGGGCUCGUGGCGUGGUCAUGCUGCCAUACAAGACGUUGGAAGGAACAGCGCGAGGUGGUGGAGAAGACUUUGAAGACUCUCACGGCGUCCUGGAAUUUCAAAACGAUGAGAUAUUCAAAACCAUCAAGGUGAAAAUAAUUGACGACGAGGAGUAUGAGAAGAACAAAACAUUCUACAUAGAGAUUGGGGAGCCUCGCCUGGUGGAGAGCAAUGACACCAAAGGUCAGGAAGAGGAGGAACAGCAGAAAGACGAAGAAGUGGAAGAAGAGCCGCUGACAGGAAAAGAUGAAGAGGAACGCCGCAUAGCUGAAAUGGGCCGUCCAAUGUUGGGAGAUCAUGUCAAACUGGAGGUGAUCAUCGAGGAAUCAUAUGAAUUCAAGAACACAGUGGACAAGCUGAUAAAGAAGACCAACCUGGCUCUGCUGGUGGGAACCAACAGCUGGAGAGACCAGUUCAUAGAAGCCAUCACUGUAAGCGCAGGUGAAGAUGACGACGAUGAGGAGUGUGGGGAAGAGAAGCUGCCCUCGUGUUUUGACUACGUCAUGCAUUUCCUCACUGUAUUCUGGAAGGUUCUGUUCGCCUUCGUCCCGCCCACAGAGUAUUGGAAUGGCUGGGCCUGCUUUGUAGUCUCCAUCUGCAUGAUCGGACUGCUCACCGCUAUGAUUGGGGACCUGGCCUCUCACUUUGGAUGCACAGUAGGCCUGAAAGACUCUGUCACAGCAGUAGUAUUUGUUGCAUUGGGAACCUCAGUACCAGACACAUUUGCCAGUAAGGUAGCAGCUAUCCAGGAUCAGUAUGCAGAUGCAUCCAUUGGUAAUGUGACAGGCUCCAAUGCUGUCAAUGUGUUUCUGGGCAUUGGGGUGGCGUGGUCCAUUGCUGCCAUCUACCACAACAGCAGGGGUGAGGAGUUCAGGGUAGAUCCUGGCACGCUGGCUUUCUCGGUCACACUCUUCACCAUCUUUGCCUUUAUCUGUGUCGCCAUGCUGAUGUACCGACGGCGACCAGACAUUGGUGGAGAGCUGGGUGGGCCCCGGACUGCGAAGGCCCUUACCACCAUGCUGUUCGUUAGCCUGUGGCUCCUCUACAUCCUCUUCUCCUCACUGGAAGCCUACUGCCACAUCCAGGGCUUCUAAGAUGAUAGGAGAUGUUGAAGAGAAGGGUGGGACAAAGCAAGAAAACAUGGAGGAAAAAACAAGGGGGAGGUGGAUGAAUGGAUGAAUUUGGAUUUAGGAAUUAAGGCUGUCUCGUUGUUCUAUAAGUCCCCCCUUCAGCAAUAGAUUUAAUGAUAGAUGAAUGGAUGGAUGUACAGAUGAAGGAGUGCACAUUUAAACAGAUAAAGACAGAAUGGAAAGAGGUACAGAUGCAUGGAAGGAUAACAAAAAACAUGAGAUUAAUAGGAAGCGAAAUUAUCCAGAACGGUGGAAGCUUAAUGAGAAAAGGAAAAAAAAUCAAAGAUAUAUAUUCGCGUCUCACUCUAAAAGUGCAAACCAAUCAAGUCAUCUUAUUAAACGUGUCCCAACUGGCUCGACCUUACAGAAUUACAAUGAAUUUAAACACUUGGACUGAGGUUAAAACAGAGGUACGCACCAUAAAAGCUCCUAUUGAGAACGAGUGGUUUCAGCAGGAGCCCUCUUUCAGUGUAGUGCAUCGUAUCCAAACACUGUAACAGGCAGGAGUGAGACAGACAAAGAAAGAAUAACUUUAUCAGUAUGUGCAUGCAUGACCAGACAAUACUGAAAACAUAAUCAGAAGAAACCGGAUACAUUGCCACAAUUGUUUCAUGACAACUAACUGUGUGUGUGCUGGUGUGUAACAGUGGGUGUCCCUGCUUGUGUGUUGUGGGAAGAUGGUCAAGUACUGUGAAAAAAAACGCCUCUCGUCUUGCUCUCACUGCGUGAGGCGAGAUAUGCUUUCGUGUUCGAGGUCUUUUUGACUCUCGCUCUCCCAGCCUGUAGAAAUGCCGAGUAUGACUUUCGCAGGAGAGCAAAUUCAGUGAGAUGAAAUGUUUUAAGCGUCACUGAGGUUCGAAUUGUAAAUAUAAAGAGCUGAUCGUACAUUACAGCUUCACGGUUUUCCUUCUGAAUGUCUCGGUUACGCCAUGCGCUCCUGAUCGGACCCUCUUUCUGUUGCUUUAUACUGUAAAUGUAAAUGAAUUAAGGACUAAUUUGAACCAAGAAGUGGUUAGUGUGCUUUUAUCUUUAAUAAGGUCAUGUCUGAGAAGACGAAAUGGCCACUCUACCGUCGAAAACUGUUAGAAACUAUUAUCACUGCAUAAAUAUCUAGGUAUUUUUGAUUUUACUAUGGAACCACCUGGUGUUCCACCUGUGGGAUUGCCGCCAUCAUUUCUGAAUCAUAACUUUUAAAUAGCCUGAAAAUUCUAGCUAGCACCUAUUAUAGGCCUUCUUUUCCUUCAUUUUCUGCCACUUGGUUUACUUAACAGCUUCAGUCAUUAUCUCUGUGCAUCGCCAACCUGGCUGGUCGCUGGACCAAUCAAAAUCUUCAAGGGCUUUGUAAUAACCACUAAUCCCUAACCCUGACCCUUGAUUUAUAAUGUUUCACAUAGAUUGGUCGUUAAGGGGAAUAUUUAACAGGCGCUUAUAUUGGUAAACCUUACACAUUGACUUCUCAGUUAAAAGAGCUUUGCUUCAAACUAGCGCAGGGCUACAUGAGAUAAUAGCUGCACGUCUUUGUUAUGUUACCACACCAGGCAUCAAGAAUUUCCUAGAUAUUGUAAAAGCAACCUGCUGCUUCUAAGUACUCAUUCAGACAAGGCUUCAACUUUUCAUUCCAAAAAACACUACUAGUCAAAAACAUUUUACUCAUAAUAUGUCUGGAUGACGAAGGCCUUAACCUAAAGAAAGCAAUUACCAUCUGGCUUUGUCAUAUUUCUUUAUUCAAAGGUAAGUUGCUUUCAAACAAAUAACCUUAAUGUGAUCUGUGGGAUUUACUCAUUCUUGUUGAACUUGACACAUUAGUUCAGCUGCCAGUUUUCAGUCUUAACACAAAAGCCAUCAGAUAAAGGGAUAGCUGAAAAUGAUUUUCUGUUGGGCCGGACGUCAGCGUAGAGGACGGGGUAAAUGUGGAUAUGUAACACAGGUUACAUCUAAUCUCAGACAGCCUGUGUUUGACAAGCUCACACCGGUUUCAGGGCAAUAACAGAAAGCUAACAGGGAUACAGUUACAACACUUGUCCCCACAAAUCUCCUCCUGCUGUGGAGUAUAUAGCCCAGUGUUUUAAUUCUCAGUAGCCAGGUUACCAUGGUAGUCCACCCUGGUUAAAAGCUAAUUAACUCCUAAAGUGUAUAAUCUCUCUUUGUGACAUGGGCACAAACAGUCUCUGUUAUUCUAUUAUAUAUGUAGCAUACUUUUGUUAGUUUAACAAUGUAAACUGAUCUUAAAUUAUUACCCCUGGUCUGUGUGCAUGAUGUGACAGAGGCCCACUUGGACUUAUUUAUCAUCCUAAUAGUGUGCUAGUAGCUUAAAAGGACACCGGGGCAUAUGAAACACUACGUCUACUGCGUGCAGACCAAACUUACUGCCAGAUCGUAAGACUCACAAACUAAAAUUCCAAAACACUAAAUGUCUGGAAAUCUUCUGCUUUCUGUAAUUCAGUAUUAGACAGACAACAAAUCGAUCCCAAAACCUCGAACACCAAGGGCCCAGAAUUAUGUACAUUUUAAAGCCUGUCUCGACUGUCAGAGAAGUUUAGACUUCAGACUGUUAACUAUUGCAACAUUCAGCUAAACUCACAAAGAUCUCAGCAUACACGUAACUUACAGUAUAUGUAGGCAUAAUAAAAGUCCAUAAGUCCAGAAUUCCUCUGCUUCUAAUGUGUUUUUUACUUGAUGUAUAUGAUAAAUUGUAUUUAUAAUGUCAUCUGUAAAAGUAAGUAGUCCGGACUAGAUGUAAUCCAUUUUAAACUUGGCAGGAUUCUUGUAAAAGGCAGAUUUUAACCCCUGAGAAAGUAGACCUGGGCUGGCUUAGAUUGGAUGAGUUUGGCAAAUCCAGAUAAUUGCAACGAUAUAAAUACUCUGAAUAUAGCUUUUGAAAAAAUUAUUAAUUACACAACAACACUAGGAUGAAAAUUUGAGAAGACAGUGCUACAGAAAAAUGGCUUUGUUGCUGCAGUUUUGUUUGUUGUACAGUUUGAAAACUACUAAGAAAAGACAUUUGGUGUAUAUGUCAUUUGAUAGCUACAGUAUAAUGAGAUAUUGCAUUACUUGCAUUUGUCAAACUCAGCACAAUCUGUGGCUCAUCAUUAGAGUAGCUGUUCUUAAGUGAAGGCCUUGGAGUGGCAGUUUACCCCUGUUUUGCCAAAGGGAAAACUUUAUAUCAGAUAUUAAUGUUUGCAGUCCAAUCUGUAAAGGGUUUUCUAACCAAUGGAUCUUUCUUAAAACACCAAAUAUAAUUCAUAUUUGAUUAGUAAUCUGAAAAGCAUUAAAAAAGGCUUGAUGUUGUUUUAACAGAACUCAAAUCUUUUUAUUUAAAUUUGUAUGUAUUUGUCUCUUCACUGGCACGAGCUGAGGGUUUAUACACUGUAAAAAAACUAAAUUAUGCUAGCUUGCUUUUAAAAAAAAAAGAAGGAAUAACGAUAUUAAAGCUGUAUGCAUCACUUUUUGAGUACCUUCAGUAAGGUAUUGUCUUUGAUAUUGCUAAAUCAUGUUGGAAUUACUUAAAAUGUGCCAGCUGCCUAAUAUUUUGAGGUGAACUCUAGCGUGAGCAGGAAUCAAAUGCUUGCAAAAAUGCAGUUUCGUGCAUUAAAUUUAUGGCUUGUAUUUUUUUUUUUAAAUGCUAAAAGUUUUCUUUUAUGGGAAUUUAGCUCUUUUGCUGCACUGGCUUUGCUGCACUGGCGUUGCUGCACCGUCUCUCUGGGUGUAUUCACUUUGGCUUAAGAGCUAGUCUGACAUGAACCUUAUUGGCAGAUUAAUGACAGCUGUUCAGAGUUUGAAACAAGGCUGGAAACUAAACAUUGUUAGCUGUUGUUUAGCUAAAGACUUUUCUUGGCUGUACAUCAUCAAAUAUUAACUUUCUGGUUGAACUUUUUUUUUUCUAUCUGCAACUAGCAACUUUCCUGCAAAGACUGUAAAGCAAUUUGUUCCAGCUCAAGUCACAAUAACGCUUGAGUCCAGCUUCGUGCUUUGGUUUGAAAUUCUGCAUUUUAAAGGGUCAAAAGUUAGCCAGGUCAUCACUGUAUAUAUUAACACUAACAGCUAGUAAGGAGUAGAAAAAUGAGCUGUAGAUUGCAUUUGUUUUAACUUUUGUUCUUCUGUGGUGGGGUUUGAAACAGAAUUGGGCAGGUUUUUAAAUGACGGACAAGCAUUGCACUGGUUCUUGUCGCUUAUGUGAAACGGCUACUACGUUGGUUCAUUUACAGAGUUGCUUCUGAUGUAAAAAACAGAGAUUGUGUUUUCUGUCUCUGAUUUACACAAUAAUAAUGAUGUACCUGAUGUAAAAAUACAGUGGUGUUGAAUCAGUUGUAAACCAUUAACAAUGUUGAUUCUAAUGUAAGGGUUGACGAUAUGUUUGUGUUGCCAUAUUCACUUUUUAACUGACUGUCUGUCUGACAGACCGAGGAAUAAAUAACAGCAACAUCGGACAGACAAAAUGAGCAAAAGGAAGGACAAACGCCCCUACUGGUACAAGCGGAGCAAUAUUUGCUACAGAGAAAAAAAUGUACCGCUGGAAACAAAGGCUACCAGAGCUAUUCUCUACCUUAAAAUGCAACAUUUAACAUGUAGAAAAAAGGAUGGUGAUGUAGAGAAGAAGAAAGAAAAAGAAGAUGACACGAAAGAAGAUGAAAAUAAUAAUAAUAAUAAUUAAAAAAUGAAGUUACAGCCAUAUGUUGAUUUCUGGGUCAGAGAGACUGAUGUGGACUUCUCCUGCCCAGCAUGUGUAUUGUUAUGGUGUCUUUAUCUGUCCCUGUGUCUCUCCACCCUCUUUCUCUAUCUUGCUUUCUCAAUCUCACUGCUGCCAAAGUAACCAAAACAGGCAGUUCUCCUUUUGUUCCGUAUCUUCUUCCCAGCUCCCGUUCUACCCUCUGUCUCCCUAUGCCAUGUUUUCCAUAUUUUGGAAUGUCAAUGUGCUACUUGUUGACACUGUGCAUGAAUGAUAACAUGUCUGUAUAUAGUUAUAGAGAAUUGUAUCCCAUUUCCUUAGUGUUGACUAAAAAAGGUUUGAAUGUUGUACAGAUUCAGGUUUUCCUUUUUUUCUGUUCAGUUACAUUUUGUAAUGUAUGUAGAGCUUAACAACAUUUUGUUUUUAAUUUAAACAAAGAUGCGAUGACUUUUUUUUUUUUUGGAGUAACUUGCACAUUACUAAUGAAUUCAUCAAGUUUUUUUGUUAAAAAAGGCAAUAUCUGCUGUUAUUGAAUGAGAGAUGUGAUCUUAAAGAAGUUAUGUAUCUUAAAUAAGUAAUCUAUAUGGGAGCUGCAUGGGUUAUUUGUACAAAAAAAGAGACACUGCUUGCUACUUCUAAUACUGUGGCUGUAUUCUCCGACAGAGGAUGAGGAAUACUGUAUGUAUAUCUAAAGGUUAUUUUGUCAUUAAAGAAAUAAUAAUAAUAAUAAUAAUAAUGUGUAUAUACUGUACAGUGUUAUAAGUGAGGUGGACUAUACGACCAUCACACUAACCAUAGAGAAUUAAUUCUACAUAUUUAUUUAAAGGAAACAACAACACUCGCUACACUCAAGAAUGACAUAUAUUGCCUUUUUGGAGAAGUUGUAGUUUGCUUAGAGCUUAUUUCUCUAUCGCUGCCUCACUCUGCCCUCCCAUGCAUCCUCUUUCUUCAUUCUUGGUUGGUUAAUUUUUUUCCUUCCAUCUGCUUCCAUUUACUUUUAUUUUGGCGUUGGAGGCUUUUGAGAUUGCCUUUUGUCAGUGAUUGUUGUCGUUUGAUUCAGACAGCGUUAUGUUUUUAGUUUGUCUUUUUGACUCGUGUCUCACUUAUGGUUGCUUUUUAUGCCCCCUAAAUCAUUAUCUCUAGAACUGCUUCUAUUCACCAACAUCCAAGUAUAGUUAUGAAUAUCUGCCUGUGCAUCUGAUUUAGUCUCUCAACGGAUAAUUUGUUUGUAUUUAAACCAUCUGUUUUCCGAGCUGUCGAUCAUUUAUCUUGGUUGCUGAAUAAUUCUCUUUUUGUUUUUCUUUCCUAAAUUCUUCCUUUGUGCCAACAAAUUCUGGUUUUUAUUUCUUCACUCCUUCCUUUCAUUCAUCUUCUCUUUCUUUCUCUGUCCUCUUUGCACUUUCGGGGUGUUUCAGGGUUUUUUAUGUUUGUCACUUUGAUUUGAUGUGGGGGUUUUUUCUUUUCUUAACGGAACAGUAACUUUAAUAAUCAUGUUUGUAAUAAUUUUUAAGAUUUGUUUUCUUUUUGCCGCUGUUUCUCUGUGUGUGCGUGUAUUAAUUUUCUUUUCUUUUUUAAAUUAAUUUCUGGUCAAGACCAAAUGAUAGGAGGAAAGUUGUUGUAUGUGUGUUGCCACUAACUGUGACUGCUCUCCAUGGUACAUGGUAAUUCUGAUAAAACCAGUAAAAUAAAGUUUGGGAUACCCUGUUUCAGAGA